AUGCUACAGCUAGAUAAGAUCAUAGAAGAUAUAAAGCAGUGCAAACACGUGCCUGAAAGAGACGUGGAGGAAAUAUGCCUGAAAGUGAUCGAGAUCCUCGUAGAGGAAGCGAACAUCCAGCAAAUCUAUACACCUGUGACAAUUUGUGGUGACAUACACGGGCAGUUUCAAGACCUUCUAAAUUUAUUUGAAACCGGCGGUGAGUGUCCUCAGACACAAUAUCUAUUCUUGGGAGAUUUCGUUGAUAGGGGGUUUUACUCGCUAGAGAGUCUCUUGCUUCUACUCGCGCUCAAGAUAAGGUACCCAGACAGACUCACCUUGAUACGAGGAAACCACGAAUCAAGGCAGAUCACCACGGUAUACGGGUUCUAUGAUGAGUGUCUCCGGAAGUAUGGCUCCGCCAAUGUGUGGCGAUAUUGCUGUGAAGUGUUUGACUACUUCUCCUUGGGAGCCAUUGUAGGAGGGCAAGGAGGAGUGUUCUGUGUUCAUGGCGGGCUUAGUCCAGAAAUCAAUAUCGUGGACGAGAUACGUAGGCUCGACCGGAAACAAGAAGUGCCUCAUGAAGGCGCCAUGUGUGACUUGCUCUGGUCAGACCCUGAAGACGUGCCCAAAUGGGCAGUGCUGCCUCGAGGAGCAGGAUACCUAUUUGGAGAGAAUGAGGUCAACAAAUUUUGUCGCCAGAAUGACAUUCUGUUGAUUGCACGAGCGCACCAGCUUGUGAUGGAGGGCUACAAGGAAAUGUUUUCUGGUAGUCUCGUGACGGUGUGGCUGGCGCCCAACUACUGCUACCGGUGCGGGAACAUCGCUAGCAUUCUCAGCAUCAACGACAACUUAGAGCGUGAGUAUAAGGUCUUUGAUGCUGUUACCAAAGACACCAGUAUCAUGCCACCAAAGAAACCGGUGGUGGACUACUUCAUCUGA